UUCAUGAAUUUCCUUCGAAUGUACUGUGUGUAAGAUCUCCUCCUCUCUGCACACUCAACACGCAGCAAUGGGGAACGACUUGUUUCUCGAAGGCGACGAAGGCAUACAAGAUGAGCGGCCAGAAUGCAAAUCAGAUGAUAGCCUGAUGAGUUAUUUGCCUACCUUCAAGGUCCUACCCACGGAGCACGAUCUGGACCUCCGCUACUACGAAUCUUCGAAUGGCUACAGCUAUCAGCCACGGCGCCAUUGGUGUUUCCUGGCCCAGAUAACAGAUGUCAACGCUUUCAUGCGCGUCGGCUUGUCAGUCAAAGAUCAAGAAGGCGUUGAAAUUCCGGUCUGGUUCUAUACGGAAGACAGAGGGUUUGAUUAUCUUUCGUCUUCGGUUCGAGAGGGCCAAACCAUCGCUAUUCUGUAUGCCGAGAGACACGCAUUCAUGUUCGAUUCCAUCGGCGUUCGUGUUGAGCUGAGAGAUACUGUCAAGGUAGAACACCAGAGUGGUUUCUUCUGCUCUGUGGCGAUGAAUUGACGAUGGGCUAGAUCUUCAAUACGCCUUUGGACAAGGUUUCGAAGCUUCUCAAACAGACCGAUGAGCAGGAAAUGAUCUGCGCAGCAUGUCACAAACCUGCGAUCCAUUUACCCAGGUGUGGAAGAUGUAAUGCGGUCCGAUACUGCAAUAAGGUGGGUAUACAUACCCACAACCUUCCAUGCCUAUGUCGACGAACGGAGGCUCACAGAUGUCACAGGCUUGCCAGACGCUUGACUGGAGAAACGGUCACAAAGUUGAUUGCAAGUUGAUUCGAAGUGCGGAUUUUCAAGUUCUGAUGAAGAUGAAGCAACCUGUCAUCGGACGGAAAUUGUUGAGCUUUCCACGUCCGUGAUCUUCGUGUGCAAAUGCUGCUUGUAUGAGAGAGAUCGAUAGGAUCAGAUGGGAUGGGCUAUUGUCUUGGACACUU